AUGACUACUCUUUCAAAUUUCCUUGAUCUAUCUCAAUCGUCCUUCAACUGGGCUGCACUCUCCAUCGCUUUCAACCCAAUCUUCUGGAACAUUGUUGCCCGUGCCGAAUAUCGGAGACACUACCUGACUCGUAUAUUCGGUAAUCCAUAUUACGGCUGUUACUUCCUCGCAAUCGCCAUCUUUACCCUGGGAAUCGUGCGCGACCAUGUGUAUCAGUUGGCCCUGGAAGACCAGCCCUAUUAUGCCCCUGUGCACCAACCAAUUCUGGGCGGCGUCUUGUUCGCUGUGGGAUCCGUUCUUGUUCUUUCCAGCAUGUAUGCCCUAGGCGUCACCGGAACCUACCUCGGAGAUUAUUUUGGUAUUCUCAUGGAUACCCCCGUCACUGGCUUCCCUUUCAAUGUCACUGGCUCCCCUAUGUAUUGGGGAAGCACUCUGAAUUUCCUGGGUGUCGCACUUUACAAGGGCAAAGUUGCCGGAAUCCUCCUGGCCGCCGAGGUGUUCAUUCUGUACUGGUUUGCUCUUCAAUGGGAGGAUCCUUUCACUGCUGAGAUCUAUGCCAAGCGCGAGCGCGAACGUGCAAAGGCCAAGCAAGGCGGCAAGAGCCAGUAA